AUGGCAUUCUCAUCCUUCAAUAAACUCUCCCCUGUUUUCUUCAUCAUCUUUGUUUUGAUACAUUUUCAAUUUAGACCAGCUUUUGAUUCUACUCAAGAAGCACAAGCUCUUUUCAAAUGGAAAGCCAACCUUCAAAACCAGAGCCAUUAUGUCCUCUCUUCAUGGUCUCUUUAUCCUAUUAAUGCUACCAAUAAUUCUAAUCAACAAAGAACCAAGAUAAGCCAUUGCACUAAUUGGUUUGGAGUUUCUUGUGACCAUGCUGGAAGCAUCCAUAGAUUGAACCUCUUUAUUGCAGGUUUAAAAGGUAAGCUCAAUGAAUUGUCAUUCUCAUCAUUUCCCCAUCUUGCAUGUCUUGAUCUUGCCAUUAAUGAACUCUUUGGAGUUAUCUCUACACAAAUUUGUAAUCUCUCCAAAUUGAAGUAUCUUGACUUGUCAACUAAUCAAUUUUUUGGGAAAAUACCAGCUGAAAUCGGUCUCCUCAUGCAUCUUGAGACCCUCCACCUGGCUGAGAAUCAGUUAAAUGGUUCAAUUCCAAAAGAAAUAGGACAACUAAGUUCUUUUAGUGAACUGGCUCUGUACAGUAGUGGCUUGGACGGUUCAGUUUCUGCUUCUUUUGGAAAUUUGAGCAACUUGGCUUGGUUAUAUCUUUUUAAUAAUUCACUUUCUGGUUCUAUUCCUAUAGAGAUGGGAAACCUCUCAAAUCUGGUUGAAUUUUACAUCGAUACAAAUAGCUUUUCUGGUCCAAUCCCCUCAAGUCUUGGAAACCUUAAAAUCCUGGAAGUCUUGUACAUUUUCUGCAACCAACUUUCUGGUUCCAUCCCUCAGGAAUUAGGAAAUUUGGAGUUUCUCACUAAUAUUAGUCUUCGUAGCAACAAUUUUUCAGGUUCAAUUCCAGCGUCUCUUGGUGGCUUGAGAAAUCUACUUUAUAUUGACUUAUUCAAUAAUUCACUUUCUGGCUCUAUUCCCCCUGAAAUAGGAAACCUGAAAAACUUGUUGAUUUAA